AUGUGGGAGAUGAGUUUACGGGAGCCAAACGAGGAUGUAACGUUGCAAGCGUUCGGACCAGAACCUAGCUGGUUGCUUCUCCGUUUGUUUGCUUUUGCAUCGCCAUGUGAAAAACUGGUCAUGGCUGAUCCAUUAGUGUGUCUACGUAAUACCACCAUCGGCAUCGCAAUAUGGAAUAUUAUCUAUGCACUGAUCCAAAUGGGGAUCUUGGGAUGGCAAACGAAAGUCGUCCGAGAUAUACAAUGGGAGUAUGAAGGGCGACAAUUGCCGGCCACUGGAGGGAUUGAUGCCUUUCAAGCCCGCUUUCCAGGCCUCUAUGCUAUCUAUACAGAAACCCCUGAACGAAGAAGGAUUAAUGCUCUGUUCGUCAUUGUCUUGGUGGCUUUAUUUUUGUCUUUCGUGCACUUCUUCAUGUCAAUCGCCCUGCUCUACGGUGCCAUCAAGGAUGUAUUCAACGAACAGCUCACUAUGUCCGUCGCUGAAUUCAUAAUGUCAUUAGCAGUAAAUGGAAUCUGCCUAGUCAUUGUGAUCUUCUUCUACUGGAGGCUUAUUGGAAGACUUACAUCAGAUAAGCCGGCUCAUUCACGAAGCGGCUCACGUACCAGAACACGACCGUCUUCACGACCACCGUCNCGUUCUUUUGGGGCUCCACUCCAAACCGCCUACUACCGCCGGACUCCUUUGGAACGUUGCAGUUCGCCACCAAGGAACCUGCCUCCUUGGAGAGAAGAAUGGCCAGCGAUUCCUGACCCACCUCUCCAGAAGAAGGUUAGAAGACGUGACAGACGGAGCACCAGUGAUCCACGCGUAAUGUCAAUUCCUCGGAAAGAUGAUGGAAGCCUCGACUUCUUCGCUCCUGAACCUUACGAUCCGAAAUUCCCAUGGAAAGUGGACAAGCUAGAAAGAGAACGACGGAAAGAGGAGCGAAGACCGCAUACCGCAGCUGAAGCUAUCGAAAGGCGAGCUAAUUUCUACAAGCUCUACUACAGCAAUUAUCCAGAUGAUUUGCCUGACAUCCCGCAUGGAAUGCGAAGUUCCCUGAGAAAAGAUCGGAAACGAGGACGUAGUCCCGAUAGAGUGGUAUUCAGCAGAGCCGAACCAGAACUGGUCUACAGGACACCACAGGAUUCCGCCAAGAAUUCCAUAGUGUGA